AUGCUGACAAGAAGAUGGCGUGUUGAUUUGGAGAAGUGUAUCGAUGCGUCUCCUCUGGUAAUUCAGCGUCACGACGUCAAUGGUGCAGUCAGUUCCACCUGGGCUAUCGUCGGCUCUCACUCUUCCCAGUUAGUCUGCGUCGACGUGCAGGAUAAUGGGAGGGAGAUCUGGCGAGUUACGCUAGACGAUCGAAUUGAAGCAAGCGCUGCGCUCAGUGUGAAGCACGGACUUGUUUACGUAGGGACCUACGCAGGAAGACUUUAUGCCCUGGAGCUGCAGUCAGGAGACACUCGCUGGACUUUCCGUGCUAAGGAAACGAUAAAAUCUUCGGCACUUGUGAUCGAUUAUCGUAAGCUGGUAGUUUUCGGUGCAUACGACGGCAAUUUAUACGGUCUGGACGCUGCAACUGGGCACAAACAGUGGGCAAUCGAUCUUCAGGGCAGUAUUUUCUCAACUCCGCUUUACUGUGGCUGGUCAGAGCAGCUCUUUGCUGCCACAACCCGUGGAAAUAUCGAGGCAUUUCAGUUUAUUUCCUCCACUGGCGACGACGUCGAGGAACAGUGGAAAUUGCAGCUACCAGCCCCAGUAUUUGCUGGACUAAACGCCGACCCUGAAUCCAAGAUACUCGUCGCGGGUUGUGCUGAUGGUGGCCUUUAUGGAGUAUCGAUGAAUUCCGGUAACAUUAAGUGGCGGCUUCCAACUGAAAAGCCGAUCUUCAGCUCGCCCUGCGUCUAUCGUACUGGGUCUGCAGUGGUUGGCUCACAUGACGGCAUGCUGCGAAAAGUGAACUCUCAUAGUGGAAAGCUCGUGUGGUCCACCAAUCUCCAUGGUGCUGUGUUCGCCUCGCCGACAGUCUUUCGCCUGAAUGACACCACCGGCGAGCCUUUGGUCUGCUGCGUGACGACGACAGCUGGCCACCUGUACUUCUGCGAUGAAAGCACGGGGUACAUCAUUUACCAGACUUGUGACCCGUCUGGAAAAGCAUCAACUGAACCAGACAACAGCGAGAUUGGCCCGCUGUUUGGCUCGCCGGUUCUGAUCGAUAAUUGGUGUUUGCUAGGCACCCGGACAAACUUUUUCUACGGGUUUGAGCUGAAGGAGACUUUUCCAGACGGAAACUGA